UCGACCCAGCCCACGGACACGCCCCCUCUUUCACCAGCUGAUUUUCAAGAUGGCUUCGACACCAUCGAACUUUAUCGUUGAAUCUACAAAACUCCUCCAAACUUACUCAGGGAGGGAUAAGAUUGUGAGGACUGUCUCAUAUUUAUCACUUAUGCUAUCUGGAAUAUCCAAAAGCAACGGGAAUUCAAAGAAACUUCUCAUAAUCAGCCAGCAGUUGAGUCUUUGCCGGACAAUUCUUCGCCGUUUCGAUGACAUACCUAUGCUGUCGUACACCCUCUCCUACGGCCUGGGACGUCGGGAAACUAGUACACUCAUGCAGUUGGUUGGGGUGGCAAAGAACUUGGUGGAUCAGCUGUUCUUCGUCCUUGAGCAUAUAGCAUGGGCAGCGGAUACUAAACUUAUCAACACUCAAUCAACACGAUGGUGGCAUCUUUCUGUGACGGCAUGGUUGAUCUCGCUUUCUCUUGGAAUCGUGAAAGGAAGUGGUGAUGUCAUUGGACUGCAAAGACAAAGAAAGAUGGCCUUACAUGAAGCCAAAGGCACUCAAGAUGGUAAAAUCCUCAGCGCUUCUGACCUGACGAAGGAACAGACUACAGUAGUUUUAUACAUGCUUGCUGAUGCCUUUGACAUGUGCAAUGCCAUUCAUUGGAUGCCUGAGGGAUUCUUGUGGGCGGGGAAAGUCCCGGACCGUUGGGUCGGUCUCUUUGGCACCAUCUCGUCGCUCAUCAAACUAUGCUUGUUCAUUGAGAGCAGGAGGUAGUACUGGAAGAGUCACAGUCCCACUUGGAAGCGCUUCCUGCCAGUAUUUGCCUAAGUAUUGACCUCGACCUUGGGGGACGAUUUUCAUCUAAAGCAGCCUUGGCUGUGGAAGGACUGGACUAAGACCUAGUCCUGAUGAUAGGCUCCAGUAAUAUCUCAGAGAUGAAGUCAUUUUCUGGUACUAUGAAAGAAUAAAAUUCAUGCAUUCAGUCUGCUUUUAUUCAGAGUCAUUAAAAGUGACAUUAUACGACAGGUGCCAUUUUCAGAUUUUAUUCUUGAAUAAUCUUUGUUGUCAUUUUAACCUUAUUUCAAUCGGGCUUUUGUAGAUCAUGUUAAGAAUCAGGGUCAUGAAAGGUCCAAUUGAUAUUAAAUUUUGUACAGCAAGAUGGCCUAACUAAAAGCAUUUCAGACGACUAAUGUCUUCUAAAUCACUUUUGCCUAUAAGUCAUACAGAGUUCUGUAGUCCCAAGAGCUUUGACUUCGGUAGUCACCUGUAUUUCUACUUUGUUAAAUAUUUCCUCUCAAAUUAUUGAAAUUCUAUGCAUGUAUCAUUUGUUAGAAAUAGUUCCAUUUCAUAUUGCACUACCUCUACUCAAGUUCUUACAUUAUAUUUCACUGUUUAUUCUAUCAACUUCAUUCUGAAAUGAUUGACAUUCUACUUAGAGGCUUGGAGAGCGUUUCAUGGUUAGUUUUGUCAGAGAUUUUCACAGAUGAAUUUGCUCUCAGCCAACCAGAUGCAAGGAUUUGCAGUAGCUUGUAACAACUGUUGAUGAAAAUCAACGACAAAACAUUUCAUGAACGCUCCCUUGAGGAUGCCACCCAAAUGCACAAAACUACCUUCUCCCCCUACCUUACUGAAAUUAUAUGAAAUUACCUUUUUAACCUAAUUUUUGUGUGACAUAUAUAUACACCAUAUUGUGAAGAUGUAAAUACAUGAUAAUUUUAUUCUUUCCUCUCAGUAUACAAAAUAUGUCUUUGUCAUGGUGUAGGGAGUAGGGACACAUGGAAGUGGGGGGGGGGGUGAUAAGGAGCCCCAAAAGUCCAACUUAUUUUCUUAUUUUUAGAUGUUCAUAAAUGAGCAGGAAUCAGUCAUAAUGGGUUGUAAUACAUGUACAUUGAAUAAAGUAUUGCUGCUCAGUCCACACUCUAUUUCCCAUCAUGGAGUAGUGAUUUAAAAGGAUCGAAAUCAAAAUGACGUUUCUAUUAUUCAAACAGUAACACUGCCCCACAAUUUGUAUAUAAUGGAGAAUUUUGUUUGAUUUCAUGUUAAUGAUUUAAAUUUUAUUUUCAUUAAUUGAAGAGAUUAAUUUUUUGAAAUUUAGAUUCGUUUUUCAGAUUUGAAUGAGUAAAUACUCUACGAUAUGUGAAACUUGUGAUCGAAAUCUGAUAUCAAAUUCUGCUUGUUCUUUUUCUUCUGUAUGGUGUCACUAUGUCGACAUGCAAGUAUUAAAAGCCUCGUUACUUACAGGCAUGCACUGUGAGAGCAUCACAUCGUGCAAUAAACACUGCAAUUCUCAUGGUAACAAAUGCAUGCUUUUCCCUGCAGACCUGUUGCGAAAUGAUUUCAUUUGACAUGCUAUGACAAAAAUAUUUGUAAAGGUACUGCAAUCAUUAUGAAUAUACAUGUAUGUCUAUUUUUGUGCUGGGCAUGAUAAUAAUUCUGGGGUUUUUUUCAUUACGGUAUUUGACAUGAAAUUUUGUGUGUGAUAUUAUUGAUUUGUAGAUAUUAAUCAUGGAUUUAUGAAAAAAACUUUGCAUGUCAAAAGUUACAGAAAAAGAAUUACACAAAGAAUCUUUUAAUGAUUAGGGCAGAGCCCUAUGAAGCUCUCUGGCUGGUUUCUUUGGUUGAUUUAAAUGUAUUGUUCACAUAGUAUCAUGAAAUUUAUUUGUUUAUCCGAGAUAGUAUGUGGGAUUUAGAGUUUCUUUUUCUUAAUUAAUGCUUUAUUCUUUCUUUGAUCAUUCCUUACACAUUAUGCUGUGCAGAUAUGGAUUUUAAUUUUUCAUUUUUAGUUUCAUUUCAUUUUUUUUAAUGAUGCUGUCAGAUUUUAAAUUAUCUCAAAUUCUUAAACAACAUAAGAUGUUGUUUAACCUUGGGCCCAGUUUGCAAAAAUAUGAAAUUCAGAAUGUGAAGUUUGAUAUGAAAAUCAUGUACAUGUGAAAAGCUGAAUAUUACAUUAUGGUUUUAUUUUCAUGAAUUUUGCGACUAAACUGAAAUUUUUCAAUUCCUGAUGAUGUUAUACAAGAUGUAUGCAUUAAUUCAUAUAAUGAAUGAAAAUGCAAUAAAAUUGUAUCAAGGUAUUAUGUUAUAAAUGGUUAUCUGAAGAGUUAUAUUAUGAAAUUUUAUGGUUUGUAUAGUCAAUGUUGUUAAAGGCCUUGGCAAAAGUAAAACGAUAUUGCAAAGAUAUGCACAGAUGAAUAACAGUUAUUUUCUCUUUCAGCAUUGAUCAAAAGUUUUCCGUAAGUGUACAAUAAAUAGGUACUCUAUGGGAUUGAAUCUGUAAUAUUAAAUGUAAUGAAUGACUUGAGUCCACCAUCAAAUUCAAAGUUUAUUGAGAUAAAACCUGAUAUGAUAUUCAAGGAUUAUCAUGAAAAAAUGUAAUGUGAUCAUUAAUGUAAAAUAAACCUAAUAAUGAUAACAAGAACAAAACAAUCAUAGAGUUCAUAGUACAUGCCCCUGAGCAUGAUCUGACCUGGGCCCCAUAACACAACAGUUAUGGUUAAUCGCUAAUUUGAAAGAACAGUUCUGGUUGGUUCCUACUCAGCCUACUAAGCACAAUGCGCAUGCAGCGAUCAUCUCGAUUGGCCAUUUCAUUCAGCGAUUAAAUCACUAACUUUUGUGUUACAGGGCCCAGUGCAUUUUGUGUCCACUGGCAUAAAGUCAUGAAGUAAAUCUAUUGUUCGCAGUUUUGGGGGAGGGGUGAAAUAUUGUGUCACCCCCCUACCCCACUUGAGCAGUACCACGUCACAUAUCUCCAUGGUCGUGUCAUAUAGAUACAUGUACAUCAAGAAUUUAUAUACAUGUAAAUUUGUGACCAGUGGCAUACAGAUGGUGGGCUAGGGGGCACUUAUCUCCCAAAAUUUUCAUGACCAAGAAAAGGAAGAGAUGAGGGUCAAAUAAGAUUUUCUGAAUAUUGUGUCAAAAUCUUUUGUUAUUAAAAUGUCGCGAUUUUUCCUGCUCACUUCACUUGCGAGCUACUUUAAAAAAAUAUAUUUCGCCCCAUUUGCCAUAUCUGAUCCCCCACCCAUUUUUUGGCUCAUUUUACCAUUGUUUGUGGUAUUUGAUCUAUCCUAUGCAUGAAAUGUACAAUGAGGUAGUAUCACUAUGCCAAAAUACAUGUAAUGGUCCAUUUUAUUACAACCAUCAUUCUACUUGUGCAUUUUCUACUUCUUGAAAUUUAUAUAUGGUGCUGAUAUAUUUUAUUACGGUAUACUGAUGAUACUUUGUACUACUUGAAAUGUGAUAAUAUAAUUAUACUUCACUAUUAAAGUUUUAUGACGAACUUUA